GGCCAGGGAUGGAAAAGCUGUAAAUUGUUAAUGUACCCCUCUGCUGUAGCUAGGAGACCACCACCGCGAGCCCGUCAUCUCUACCAAUACUGUCGAUGAGGUUGCUGUGGUCGUUUCUGUCGCUGUCGUCUCCUCCGUCCUGGUCGACUCUGCUGUCCCGAUUGCCUUUCAGCGCAUCCACAAAGUGUCAAGUACCAGAGCGCUAUCACAAUCUCCUGGUUGGUUUUUUCGUCUUGACUACUGGCACUGCCGAGAUGAAUUGUUCAGUGUCAAGCUGUGUAACUACUUCCAAACUUGAGAUAGAAAAGAGUGGGUUCUAGAUAAAAGCUUCAAUGAGACAUCAAUCAUAUACGCAAAUUUCCAUGAAAGAGGGAUAUAAUGUGUGUUCUGUAUAAUGCCAAAGUUUCUCCGUGAAACGCCAGCGAGAAAGUAUGAAGGGUUUAUGCUGAGAAAAGAAAAAGACUGAGGCCAAGAGAGAGGAAGAUCCGGGGUAUUUAUAUUCUUUUUAGGAAUUUGGUUGCUGCCUGGC